AUGGAGCCUCCAUCACGACCCUCGAGUUCGUUAUUCGAUGUCUUUCUGCGUCUGCGCCCAUCCAACUCGGGAAGUGCGCGCUUCCUGAGCGUCGAAGGAAGCGAGAGCAGCCAUGCCACCCAUAUCACCAUACAGCCGCCCACCCAAGACAAACGCAAGCGUGCUGUUGAACGAUUCGCCUUUACACAAGUCUUUGAGGAAGAUGCGCGGCAAAUGGAUCUGUUCAAGGCCACCGGUGUGGUUCCCAUGAUUGAGGGAGUCAUGGGCGCACCCGGCCACCACGGGCGAGAUGGACUGCUUGCAACGCUGGGUUGCACUGGAUCCGGCAAGAGUCACACGAUUCUUGGCACCAAAUCCCAGCGCGGCCUCGUUCAAAUGACGUUAGAUGUCAUCUUCCAAGCGUGCGAUGAGCAGCUCGUACAAUCCUUCUAUGGUGCCCCGGCAUUCUCUUCACUAGCAACAGCGGAUGUGUCAGAGGCACAAAUGUUCACGGCGACCGCGUACAUUGAGUCAAUGUACGGCGAUGAUCAGUCCGGACGCUACUCACGAGCGCAAACCCCCAUGGCAGACUGUAGUAUAUUCUCCACAGGAAGCACGUACAAAUCAAACAAGAUGCCGCGCCCUUCAACGCUGCCACAGUCCCCUUCUGUCGCCGACAUUCAGAUACCUGCAGACCCGAACGCAGAAUACGCCAUCGUCAUGUCCAUGUACGAAGUGUACAACGACCGCAUCUUCGACCUAUUGAGCGGAAACACCGCAAAGAACAAGCAGCCAAAUGUGAAGCGAAGGGCAUUGCUCUUUAAGAACACCGAGAAAAGUCCAGACCGGAAAGUCGUCGCUGGUCUCACCAAAAUCAUCUGCGGAAGCUUCGAGGAGGCUAUGAUGGUGCUGGAGACUGGCCUCAUGGAACGCAAAGUCACUGGUACUGGGAGCAAUGCCGUGAGCUCGCGAAGCCAUGGCUUCUUCCAUAUCGAGAUCAAGAAGAGGGACGCUGAACGCAAAGGUCCUUGGUCAAGCAGUAACCUUACCAUCGUUGACCUGGCAGGAUCAGAGCGUGCCCGAAAUGCCAAAACUGCAGGCGAGACACUCGCGGAAGCUGGCAAGAUCAAUGAGUCCCUCAUGUAUCUGGGUCAGUGUAUGCAGAUGCAGUCGGACAACCAAGGAGGCUCAAAGAACAUUGUGCCGUUCCGCCAAUGCAAACUUACCGAGCUUCUCUUCUCAAACUCAUUCCCUGCCUCCGCUCGUCAAGCCCAAUCGCACCGUCAGCCUCAGAAGUCUAUCAUGGUCGUAACGGCUGACCCCAAAGGUGACUACAACGCCACAUCACAGAUCCUCCGCUACUCCGCCCUCGCCCGCGAGGUCUCCGUGCCGCGGAUGCCGUCCACUUCAGAUACAAUUCUCUCCGGUGCACCACACAAGCGACCUGGUACGGCUUCCUCAGGACGCGCGACCCCGUCAGGCCGCACAACACCUUCAGUCGCCAUGGAAGAGCUCGAAUAUGCCAACGCCGAAAUUGCACGCCUCACAGCAGAAAUGGAAGUCUUCGCCCUCCGCCUCUCCGAAGAGACGGCUCGCCGGAAAGCAGCUGAAUCGUCCUGGGCCGCAGCCGAAGAUCACAUGGUGGACCUUGAGCAAGAAAUCCGCGACGAAUGCUACCUUGAGAUGGAAACUGCUGUCGACCAAGAACGGCGGAGAUGGCAGACUGCCCUAGACAAUGAACAAGACAAUCAGCAAGCACACAUAGAUGCCAAGGUCGACGUCGUCAUCCGAGCAACAAAGGCGCAGAUGAAGCAAGAAAUCAAGGUUUACGAAGACCCGGAUCCAGAACUACGGGACAGGAUCGACGAACUGGAACGUGAAAAUGAGAUGCUCCGGGCCAAAUUGGAAGCUAGGGAGCGUGAGACGCAACAAAGAUCUGCGAGCCCAGUGAAGAAGAUGAGGAUUCUUAAGAGUAAGAAGUGGGAAGACCCUGAACGCACAAUGGGCGGGUUCGGCAUUGGCGAUGAAUGA